AUGGCAUCUGCAUCCGACGACACCUUCAAGCCGAUGGUUCUCGAUUUUGACCGCCAAUGGUGGCGGGAGAUCAUCAUCUACGAGAUCUAUGUGCAGUCGUUCCAAGACAGCAACGGUGACGGAAUCGGUGAUCUCCGCGGCAUCAUCCAGCGACUCGACUACGUCAAGAGUCUCGGUGCUGAUAUGAUCUGGUUGACACCGAUCUAUGUAUCGCCUCUCGAGGACCAAGGGUAUGAUAUCGCGAAUUACAAGGAACUGAACCCGAUGUACGGGACGAUGAAGGAUUGGGAGGACUUGUGCGCUGAGGUGCACAGGAGGGGAAUGAAGAUGAUGAUGGAUAUGGUGUUUAACCAUACCAGUUCCCAGCAUGAAUGGUUUCUCGAGUCGAAAAAGAACAAGUCCAAUCCCAAACGAGACUGGUACUUUUGGCGCAAGGGACGCACUGGCAAGAACGGGGAGCGUUUGCCUCCGAACAACUGGGAGAGCAUGUUUGGAGGCCCGGGAUGGAAGUAUGAUGAGUCCACCGACGAGUGGUACAUGCAUCUGUUCUCGUCAUCGCAGCCAGACCUCAACUGGGACAACCCCGACGUCCGGAACGCGGUAUACGACGUGAUCGACUUCUGGGGCAAGAAGGGCACGGAUGGAUUCCGAUUCGAUGUCAUCAACCUGGUCUCCAAGACGCCAGGUCUCCCAGACGCGCCGAUCAAAUUCCCUAACAAGUUCGAGCAACCCGCAACGGAGAUGUACACGAAUGGCCCGAAUAUCCACAAAUACAUGCACGAAAUGAACCGCAAGGUUCUUUGUAAAUACAGCAACUGCACAGUUGGCGAGAUGCCCUGCGGCGUGAACGAGUACGAGGCCAGUGAAUACGUAGCCAAAGAACGCCAGGAGCUCUCGAUGGUCUUCCAAUUCGACCACAUGAACCUGGACGGCGCCAACGGCGACAAGUGGCAGCCUCGUAAAUGGGAGCUGUGGGAGUAUGAGCGUGUGAUGCGUGUUUGGCAGCAGCAUAUGCUCGGAAAUCACGGUUGGAGCUCCUUGUACAUGGAGAACCACGACCAGGCGCGCGCAGUGUCCCGCUUCGGCAACCCAGACGUGCGCUUCCGCGCCGUGUCGACGAAGAUGCUCGCCACCGUGCUGUUUGCGCUCCGCGGAACUGUAUUCCUGUAUCAGGGCCAGGAGCUCGGCACGCCGCACCCACAGAACUGGAAGAUCGAGGACUAUCCCGACGUCGAGACGCAAGAAUGGUACAAAGCUCAAUACAAACUGCGCAAAGAGAAAGAGCCCAACAAGGAACCGGACAUGAAGGACGCUAUGGAUGUCAUCCGUCUGAAAAGCCGCGAUAAUGCACGCACCCCGAUGCCGUGGGACAACUCGACGAACGGUGCUUUCACCACGGCGGCCAAGCCGUGGAUCAGGAUGAACGAUGAGUACCCCGAGAUCAACGUGCAGUCACAGGAGCAGGAUCCGGACUCAGUGUUGAACUACUUCAAGAAGCUGAUUCAUAUCCGCAAGCAGCACCCGCUGAUGUUCUACGGAGCCUACGUCCCGGUGAAUCCCACGGACCCCAGAGUCUUCUCGUUCCUGCGGUGCCAGGGCCCGUGGCGCACGCUCGUCUUCUGUAACUGGACAACGGAAAACACCGAGUUUGAUAUCCCGGGGGAAAUUGACGUCGACCUGGCCGUCAUGCUAAUUGCCAAUUAUAAGGUUGGAGAUGACCCGCUGAAGCAUAAGGUCAAGCUGCGGCCGUAUGAGGCGCGCAUUUACUCGCUUCGGAAUUAG